AUGUACAAUUCAAAUGAAUUCUUGCACAGUGCCGGCGUAAGCCGUCAAAUGCAAGCGACGGGAGAGACACCGUCGCAAAAAACUAGUAUGAAAAGGCGUUCUUGCGAGGUGCCACUGGGAGAUAUAACACCUAACAACUUCAAAGUGUCCCUAAACGAUAUUUCGACGAUUAGCGACGCAAACUACGAUUGCCGCUCGCUACGUUCCGUCAAAUCCGAAGACGCUAGAUUGAGGUACUAUAGGCCAAUAGACAGCAGGAGUGUCAAGAACUUCCGAUCAUCAGUUGCCGAUAUAUCGACUCUAUCACUGUCACGGCCGCCUAGCUAUGAUCAGCUGUCGAGGAGGUCAAUGAUCGAGGGUGCUGAGGUGCAGGGUAUGACGUCAUCGAGCAUCGAAGGCGUAUUGUGGUCUGAUGAAGAGGAGAACGAGUAUUUCUACCACGAGAACAUCACAUCAGCAUGGAAUGAAGGUGAGUUACUAUUUAGUUAA